AUGGCCAGGACCAAGCAAACCGCUCGUAAGAGCACCGGUGGGAAGGCUCCGCGUAAGCAGCUUGCUACCAAGGCUGCUCGCAAGAGUGCACCUGCCAAAGGUGGGGUUAAGAAACCGCAUCGGUACAGGCCUGGGACCGUGGCCCUUCGUGAAAUUCGCCGCUACCAGAAGUCGACCGAACUUCUCAUCCGCAAGCUGCCGUUACAGCGCUUGGUGAGGAAAAUCGCUCAGGAUUUCAAGACCGACCUCCGGUUCCAGAGUUCGGCUGUGAUGGCCCUUCAGGAGGCCAGCGAGGCCUACCUGGUCGGUCUCUUCGAGGACACCAACCUGUCAGCAACAGCCGAGACGUCUGGACGUGGCAAGGGCGGCAAGGGUGGCGCGAAGCGUCAUCGUAAGGUGUUGCGUGACAACAUCCAAGGCAUCACCAAGCCUGCCAUCCGUCGCCUCGCUCGCCGUGGUGGUGUCAAGCAUAUCUCUGGCCUGAUCUGCGAGGAGACAUGCGGUGUGCUCAAGGUGUUCCUCGAGAACGUGAUUCGGGACGCCGUCACCUACACUGAGCACGCCAAGCGCAAGACCGUGACCGCUAUGGACGCCGGGCCACAUAAAGCUAUGGACGUGGUGUAUGCCCUCAAGCGUCACGGCCGCACCGUCUACGGUUUCGGAGGCUAA